AUAUGUUUAAUUUUGAAUGCCAAAAAACCCUUAUACCCUGAUUGAACGGCGAACUCGUCGGCGGUAUCUUUCUCCGGUAUCUCGUCUCCACUUCCCUUCCUCCGUCUCUGCUAGCCUUUUCUGCGUCGUUUUCUCUGCAACUUCACUCGCUAACGGGAACAGCGGGAAAAUAAGCUCACCAAGAUUCGGCCAAAUAUGAACAUGAAGGAACCAAAGAUGGAUUUUAAGUCCAUAAUGAAGGAGGUUGAGUUUCUGGGCUCUGCACAUAUGACAUGGAAGGAAAAAAAGGAGUUGGAGAACAAGAGAGUAGUUGCCCUUGGUGGGAAGCCUCCGAAGAAACAGAGAUUACCACUAAGUGUAGCACUAGUAAUGAUGAAGAAACAGAAGGAAAGGGAGGAGAAAUUGCAAGAAGAGAAUUUGGUACUUGGACGAUUCGGGGGAGGUAGUAGUUCAAGAAAAGCAGCAGGAAGGCGCAGACCUGAGGAUAGGGUGCUGAAAUCAACUGAAGGUAACUUCAGAAACGGGGUGCUUGAUGUUAAACAGUUGCUAAAACCUUCCGCGCCUAAAGCAUCAUUUGAUGAUGCUAAGAAGUCUUUUUCUUCGGGUAAAGGAAAGAAGAAGAAAAAGGGCGGUAAAAAGAACAAGGGCAAGAAGAACAAGGGUGGUGGUCCUGGUAGGAAGCGCCAUUAAACGUAGGGAUAAAUUGAAACAGUGAUUAAACCCAGCAUGUGGGAUCCCAACUUCCAUAAUAGAACAAUUAAUUUCAUUUUGGUCAUUGGUAUCUUAAAAAAGGAUGAAACUGAGGAUGUUACGUAGCUAUCACGCACCAAUGGUGCCAGCUUUUGUAGCUAUCUAGUGGAUUCUGAUUUUUUUCUAAAUUUGUCUGGCUGUUAAACUGACGAAUAUGGUUUCUAAUGUUGGAAGGAUGUACUGUUUUUUUUGUGUUGAGAGGAAAAUGAAACAGGAUAUGCCAUUGAUUUCAUGUUAAAAAUAUAUUAUCUAAAUACAAUUUUAGUUUUCAAA